AAGUAAUAGGCAUAGGGUUGGAGUCGCCUUUGUUUCCAUAACCAGCCUUCAUUUUCCUCUGCCACUGGGAGACAUGGUAAAAUGCAGCAAGAACUGGGAAUAUAUCCUUGCAGCAGUGCUUUCUGGAGUUGGGCUGCUGACCAUUGGAAUCUUGCUGGGGCACUUUGCAAUCCCAAAAGGCACAGAUGAACCUGAAGCCCCCAGCUGGGUUCAUAGCCUCUUACGAGAUCUGGAUGAAGAUCUGCUCCAAGACUUCAUGAACCAAGUGGAGGCCACUCGCAUCCGUGAGAACCUCAGGACUUUGUCCUCCCAGCCCCACAUGGCUAGCACUGAUGGGGACAAAGAGUUGGUGCAGUUGCUGCUGAGUCGCUGGAAGGACCCUAAAACUGGUUUGGAUGAUGCCACAGAGGUGGUCUAUGAUGUGUUCCUAUCUUUCCCUGACUCGGAGAGACCAAACAGUGUGGCUGUAGUGUUGGAAAAUGGCACCCAGAUCUUCAUCUCCCGGGAGAAAGAGGAAAAUCUUACAGUAGACCAGGCUGACCCAAGAGUGGUCCAACCCUACGCAGCUUAUGCACCUCCAGGGAACCCUCAGGGAAAACUGGUCUAUGCUAAUGAGGGUAAACUGAGUGACUAUGAAGAACUCGUCCGAAACGGCAUUGAUCUGAAUGGCACAAUAGCCAUAACCCGUUAUGGAGGGACUGGCCGAGCCACCAAGGCGAUCAACGCGGCCAAAUUUGGUGUAAUCGGGGUGGUGGUUUACACCGACCCAGGUGACAUCAAUGACAAAAAAGCAUCAGCAGAGGAGACAUACCCCUAUUCCUGGUACCUGCCCCCUUCAGGAGUGGAGAGGGGGUCCUACAACAACCACUUUGGAGAUCUGCUGACACCAUACUAUCCUGCCAAAGAUUUCACCUAUAGGAUCCCAGAGGACCAAAUCACGGGGAUCCCCCCAAUCCCAACCCAACCUAUUGGCUUUGAGGAUGCCAGGACGCUGAUCUGUAGUCUGACUGGCCCUGCAGCGGAUGACACUUGGCAAGGAUCUUUGGGCUGUGUCUACAACCUGGGACCGGGAUUCCAGGAUGAUGGGCUGUUCUUUAAUACCAGUGAGGUCCAGGUGAACGUCUACAACCAGAGAAGGAUUGAGAAAUCUUCUAAUGUGUUGGGGCUUAUUCGAGGAAGUGUUGAGCCUGACCGGUACGUCAUAUAUGGUAACCAUCGGGACAGCUGGGUGCACGGUGCUAUUGAUCCCAGCAGUGGGACGGCUGUAAUGCUAGAGAUCACACGAGUUUUAGGCAAGAUGGUGAAGGAAGGGAAAUGGCGCCCACGAAGGUCCAUUAUUUUUGGCAGCUGGGGUGCUGAGGAGUUUGGUCUUAUCGGUUCCACUGAGUACACAGAGGAAUUUUUCAGCAAAUUGCAACAGCGCAGUGUGGCCUACAUCAAUGUGGACAUUGCAGUCUUUGCCAAUGUUACCUUCAGACCCCAGGGAACCCCACCUGCCCAAAGUGUCCUUUUUACAGCAGCCAAGCAGGUCCAGACCCCAGGAGAUAAUCCCAUUCCAUUGUAUGAUAACUGGAAACUCCACUACAAUAGAACCAGCUCUAUUUAUGGAGUCAUCCCCAGUUUAGGGUCUCUGGGUGCCGGAAGUGAUUACGCCCCUUUUGUUCACUAUUUAGGCAUCACAUCCAUGGAUAUUGCUUACACCUAUGAUAAGAGCAAGACUUCAGCUCGCAUUUAUCCUGCCUACCACACAGCCUUCGACACUUUUGACUAUGCGGAUAAGUUCAUUGACCCAGGGUUCACCAGCCACCAGGCUGUGGCACGGAUAGCUGGCAACGUUUUGGUGCGCUUGGCAGAUACCUUGAUACUUCCACUCAAUGCAAUUGACUAUGGAGAGAUGCUGGAAACGUUGUACAAAGCAGUAGACCAUGAGUAUAUUGUGGAAGACCUGAAAAACCACAGCGUGUCGCUUGUCCCACUCCAGAAUGCAAUUUCGCAAUUCAAGUCAGCAGCUGCCGGCCUCCACCAGCGCAUUGCCCGUUUGCAAGAAGAAGCGUCUCCCAGUCCCCUCCAGGUGCGGAUGGUGAAUGACCAGCUGAUGUUGCUAGAAAGGGCAUUCCUAAACCCCAGGGCCUUCCCAGACAAGUAUUAUUACAGCCACAUUAUCAUGGCCUCCAGAUCAUCUUUCAUUGCCACCUUUCCUGGCCUUGCUGAUGCGUACAUCAGUGCCAAGAAGUCAGGCAACUGGGAGGAUGUCCACCAGCACCUGACAAUUGUUGUCCAAGCAAUAGAAAAUGCUGCAUCCAUCCUUGAGCCUGUGGCCUAAUAAUAGCAAUAACAAUAAUGCUGAGCCUUUAUAGAAUGCUUUAGAGUGUUCAAAGGGAGUCUCUUAUAACUUGUACAACAACCCUAUAAAGUAAGAAGAACAAGCUUUGAGUCCAGUAGCACCUUAAACACUGACAAGAUUACCAGGGUAUAAGCUUUUGAGAGUCAAAGCUCCCUUUGUAAGAUAUCUGGUAUCUGACGAAGGAAGCUUUGACUGUCAAAAGCUUACAGCCUGGAAAACUUGUUGGUCUUUAAAGGUGCUAGUGGAUUUGAAUCUCGCUGGUCUACUGCAGAUCCACCUGAGCCUAUAUGUAAGGCACGGUUAUAGUCUCAACAUUACAAAUAGUGAGAUGAGGGGACUGGGGUUUCACAAAUAGUGGGGUAGAUUUAGCCAUUCUGCUCAACACAGUUUGAUGCCUUCUUUCAGCCUAAGGAGCCAGCCUCUGACUUAAGCGGCUUCCAUUGUUUCAAGCACACCAGAGAGCCAGACUAGGAUCUGGGAAACCCAGGUCUGAGCCACCAUUCUGCCAUAGAAGCUCACUGGGUAACUUUGGGCUAGUUAGCCACUCUAUCUUGCCCCAACCUACGUCACAGGGUGGUUGUUGUGAGGAUAAACUAGAGGAAGGGGGAGAACAAAGACUAAAUGAAGCUUCCCAUUCUGGGCCUUGAACUGAUCAUUGUAUCUGAGCCACAGAAGAACAGAGCAAGCCUUUUCUUUUCUUCCUUUUCAAUACCAAGCAAAGAUGGGAUCUCCAUUCCCCCAUCUUUUUGAUUCAUUGGUUGGUAUCAAUGUCUGAGCACAACCAUCUUUCAUAUCUUGAAUUCUACCAGCCCGCACUUCAAAUUUACCCUCUAGUUUCUAAGAACAUGGUGGGGGGUGGAAAAACAACUAUGUUUUUUAAAAUCCGAGUUUAUUACUAACAUUACAAUUACAACUAUAUUUUAAAAAGAAAGAAAGAAAACCUGGCUAACUUCCAUUUGUUAACA